AAUGUACGCAGAACUGAGCGAUAAUUAUGGAAUAUAGCAUAUAAUAGAUAUGUGCAUUUAAGAUUAUCAUGUUAUUAUUACAAUUAAUUAUCACAGCUUAAAAUCGAGAGUUUGCCAGUCUGGCAACGCUGCGCUGAUGCAACCAGCGGCAGGCAAGAAUUCGUGAAUUGACUCUUAUAAAAUAAUAAAAGAAAACAACAUGUGGUGCUUGAAAACGGUCACACAAGUACUUAAAAACAGCAUUGCGUCAAAUGUGAACUACAAUUGUAUAGCCGGCCUCAAAUAUUUCCCACCGCCAAUCAAAUAUGAAAAUAUUGAGAAAGUGGAACGACCCAAGCUGCGAAUUAUGGAGCGGAUGCCGCAACAUCCGCCCAAUUUGCGGCCUCCCAAAAUGCAGAAGCGUCUACGCUAUAUGCGCGGUCCGGAGCUGGUCCACAAUCAGCUGCUCCACAAACAGUAUGCGAUAGUUGCGACUGGAGGCGGUCGUUUGCGCUGGGGCCACUACGAGAUGAUGCGUCUGACGAUUGGCAGGAAGAUGAAUGUAAACACAAUGUUCGCCACAUGGCGAGUACCAGCACCCUGGCAGCCGAUAACCAAAAAGGGACAGGGCCAGCGCAUGGGCGGCGGCAAGGGGGCCAUCGAUCAUUAUGUGACACCGAUUAAGGCGGGUCGUGUCAUCGUUGAGAUCGCUGGCAGAUGCGAGUUCAUCGAGUGCCGCGGCUUCCUCCAGCAGGUGGCCAAUCAGCUGCCCUUCCAGGCCACUGUUGUCUCCCAGCAAAUGCUGGACGAGCAACGGGCGACAGAGGAGCGCCAGGCACGCCAAAACGAGAAUCCCUUCACUUUCAAAUAUGUUGUACAAAACAAUUUAAAUGGUUGCCAUCGAUGGCUGUCGCCAGUGGACCACAAGUGGUUCGGCAAGCAUUUAUAGAAUAGGUUAUAUCAGCUAGUUAAAUGUUUAAUAAAUUGAACAGCAUGUCAAUUGUUUUGUUUGAA